AAUUAUGCCUGAGAUUAUAAAGGCAAGUGCUGAGAGGCGAGGCCAACAUCACCCAGCCCGCAGAUACACAGCUCAGGCUCUCUCCUCAGCACCGGGAGGAGGCGGACAGCUCCUUGCUUCAUCUCACUCACCCUAUUGCCUAUCUCGCCCUUUCCUCACACUCGUAUGUACAGUACCCAGCUUCCUAUCAUUGCUUCACAGGUCUUAUAUUCAUCUUCUCCAACUAAAUCACAGUUUAGCUCCUGUUCUUCCUGACUGCAAGGUCUGCUCUGUGUGAUCACUCUGAGCAAACUCAUAACAUUCCUAUCUCCUAAUAGCUCUCCUACCGCAUCGUCAGCCUGUCUUCUGAUUAGUUCUGAGUACACUGUACAGCAUCGUUUUCCUACCAUCCCCUACUCAAGCUUCAGCAGAACGUGAAGGAACUACCGGAGGAAGGGCGUCUAAAGUCAGGUGAAAAUCCAGGCAAAUGUUUUACUUCCACUGUCCCCCGCAAUUGGAUGUAGGGUCUCCCCCCUACGGGGCCCACUCCGCUGCCGAGUUUGAUGAUGGUUUUCUGCGGAGAAAGCAGCGGAGAAACCGGACUACUUUCACUCUGCAACAGCUGGAAGCAUUAGAAGCUGUGUUCGCUCAGACUCACUAUCCUGAUGUGUUUACCAGAGAAGAACUCGCCAUGAAGAUUAAUCUAACUGAAGCCAGGGUACAGGUCUGGUUCCAGAAUCGCCGGGCGAAGUGGAGAAAAACUGAGAGGGGCAGUUUUGAGCAGGAUGGAUCCAAAGAAAGUGCAGCUGAGGUGACAUCUCCCACCAGAAACCUUAGUUCCCCUUCUACAGGAGAACCUGCCAGGGGUAAAAAGGAAAACCUGGAUGUACAACAGAGGUGUUUAUCCCAUGACAGAACAGUGGCUACAGCAACCUCAUUCUUUCCAUCCUGUUUGCCUGGAGCUCUCUUAAACAGUGCCAGCUAUGCCCAAGCUCUGUCGCAUGUAGCCUCUCUGAAAGGUGGUCCUCUAUGUUCUUGCUGUGUGUCCGACCCCUUGGCUCUCUCCUUCCUACCCUCUUACAGCUGCCAGAGUCACCGCACAGCUAGUGUGGCAGCUCUUCGAAUGAAGGCAAGGGAACAUUCAGAGGCCGUGCUACAAUCUGCACAACUUCUUCCCCCAGCAGGAAGCAACUCUGGGCCUUCACCACCUACCCCACAUGAGAGUGGGCAAGAAAGAACCGCUCCAGUGCCAGAACAGAAUGAGCCAGAAAAAAAUGUAUGAUGUGACCACCUUGCCAUGCACUGUCUGAUGAAAGAAAGCUUAUAAAUGGCUUAUCACUGUACCUCUCCUUGGAAACAAACUGCACCUGCACCUGUACCUCUCCUUGGAACAGAAACAAACUGCACCUGGAGCUGGGCCAUGGGAGUACCCUCUAAAAACUCAUCUAUUAAUACGAAUGCAGUCCUACUGUAUAGUUAUAAGUUGUCCUCGAAUAGCACAAAUACACCCUGCUCUACAAAACUAUCAAUGCUCUGGACUUUGGACAAGUACACAAUAGGUGGUCUUCUGAACCUUCCAAAUAAAAGCUGAGAUGACUGUUUAUUUAGAUGGGAUAUGCUUCACCAUCAGGUGACUGUGGAAAUAUGUAACCUGAGUUACACUCUUGCACAAGAAGGAAAUGGUACCACUCAUCAAGAGUUACCUCAACAAAGGAUACCUGUUUUCCUGCAGAAAAUAGUGAAUAUAUCAUAAUAUUGCAUUAUCUUUAUCUAUUUAUCUGAUAUUUAUAUUAAUGGUUAGGUAUGGUUUUUAUAUAAAUGGUAGAUUUGUUUUUUCCGGACACAAAAACUUAGAUCUGUCAUAAAAAUGUGUUCUGUUUUGAAUUGACCUCAAAGAAAUCCUCUGAAGGCUACAAAGCCAAGAGUCCCAGGCACCAGGACCAGAAUGAGCACUAUCAUAGUAGCCAACUGUCCAUGAUCUCCAAGGACAAUCCAAGGUUUUACAUUUCUGUCCCUGCUUCUCAAUAAUAUCCAAAUAUACAGUAUAUUCUGUAUCUAAUCUGAUAUUUUCACCACCUAAUCUUAUUUUUUUUGUGCUUUUAAAUUAAUAUUUAUUAAACGAGAGUAUUUAAAAAUACAAUAAAUGUCAUAAUAAUAAUAAUAAUAAUAUAAAUAAUAAUCAUGUUUAGUGAUCAUGUCAAAGUGGUAAUUGUAGUGAAAAAAAUAUCAAUGUUUUAUGGGCUUGGAUUUACAGUCUCGGCAGCAAUGUGUCCCCUGGAAAAUAUAUUCAAUUGUUGGCAACUACACAUCAGGAACAUCACUACUGUCAGUUCCAUUCUGAUAUAGAGGAUCAACUCGUUUGUUCUGGUUUUGCAGAAAGAAAAAGUCCUGCAAUUUUUUUUUUAUUUACUUUUUAGAUUUUACCACAAGGGGGAGCUGAUUACCUGGUGAAAGACUCAAAGAUACUUAAAAACAAGGAUCUGACAGUAAUUAAAUGUGUUUAUAUUAUAACUCCAAGAUGUUCUGUUUAACAGACCCUCCUUAUGGUCACAACCAAUGCUAUUUCAAAUUACCCUGGCAUUUUGAUUAUUAGUUCUGCUGAUGCCACAGUGAACUUUCUUAGAUUAUGGUUUGUAUUGAAAUAACAUCUUAUUUUCAGAGCUUUGUAAGAAAGGAAGUCCAAAAAUAAAAACAAAACAGAAUGUCCUUAAAAAGAGGAAACAGUUUUAUGUUCAUGAGUUGUUGUUGCACUUGGGUUGCAAUGGUUUUUUAAGCACAAUUUCGAGUUUCAGAAAUUCUCCCACGAGAAUUAAGUCGUAUUACAAAUU